AUGCUCUUAAGAACAAUCCUCGGUUUUCUGGGGGCGUCUGCUGCUGUGGUAGUUGGUUCCCCAACGGGAAGGCCUCAAGACACCGCCCAGGAUCGCACUGUCGAGGAACUCUUGGCCUUGGAUGCAGACCUCCUUCAGAGUGGUUCCGACACCUUUUCACUCAUGGCUAGUACUCCUAGUACGUUUCCCGUAAUGCAUACACCUACUGCCCCCCCCCCCCUUCCGAGAAAAUAGUUAACACUCCGCUUGACAGCUGUCAGCGAAUCAACACUGGCCAUAUUGUAUUAUUACGCUGAAUUCGCGGCUGCAGCAUACUGCGACCCGAACCACGUUCCCGGGACAGAAGUAACCUGUAAGGACAACAUCUGUCCCCAGGUUACCGCGAAUAGCAUCACCACGAUCAUUGAAUUCGCAGAGUACCCCCCCAACUGCACCUUGUCUCAGGAUAGAUAUAUUCUAACGAAAGGAAAAGCACUACCUCUGCUGAUACGACGGGCAUAGUCGCCCGUGACGACACUAGAAGGACUAUAACCGUUGUCUUCCGCGGCAGCAUGUCCUUGAGAAACUGGUUCACGAACAUCCAGCUUCUGUGGAAAGAUGCUUCAGUCUUCUGCCCAAACUGCAAGCUCCACUCCGGUUUCUACAACGCGUUCAUAAAUGCGUUCCCACCGAUCCUUACAUCAGUAAACUCGCUGCGCGCGCAGUACCCUUCUUAUAAGCUCGUUGUCACAGGACAUUCUCUUGGUGGUGCGCUGGCAACCAUUACCGCUACGGAGUUCAGAAGAUUGGGGUAUACCACUGAGCUGUACACGUAUGGCGCUCCCAGGAUUGGCAAUAAUAAAUUCUCCGAGUUCGUCACCCAGAGUUCGGGAAACUACAGGGUUACGCAUUUGAGUAUUACUCCCCCCCCCCAUUCUGGCAUAGCCCGCGAUGGUGGUUCCUGACAUGAUGGCCGCGCGGAAAACCAGAUGACCCUGUACCGAGAUUGCCCCCGGUGGCUCUGGGAUACUACCACAUCUCCCCGGAGUACUGGAUUUCCUACGGCGACAGCAACAUCAAGGCCAGCCACGUGAAAAUCUACCAAGGUAUCCUGAACACCGGGGGAAACACGGGGAGAGGCUUCAUCACCCUCAAUGCCACUGCGCACCUGAGAUACUUCCUCCCCGUCAGCAUUUCUGCCUGUGGGCCUUUAUGGGACUUUGAUCUUUUC